UCUGGUCGCCCAUCCUGCGGAACUUCAAUCCGACCCGGAGAUGCAGCGGCGCGGCGGCGGGGUGCGCGCGGCGAGCGCGCUCGUGGUGCCCGUGCUGCUGGCGGCACUGGCGACCGCAUCCCUGGACCCCUUCGACAACCAGCUCGGGGACAUCAGCUACUGCAAACAGCGGUGCGACGCCACCCUGGGGGGCAGGAGCGGCGCGCGGGACACGGUGCUGAGCGCCUGUCACCGCGGCUGCCGCCUCUUCUCCAUCUGCCAAUUUGUGAACGGCAACGGCGGCCACAACGCCAGCAGGGACGAGUGCCAGGGAGCCUGCCAGGAGGCGUACGUACGGCCUGCUGAGCAAGAGGGCUGCCUGAACGGGUGCGAGAACCAGCCAGCGGGGGCCGAGAGCGAGAGGAGGAAGCUGAAAGCGAUGAUGCGCCGCUCCAAACCCCUCUCCGUCAUGGACCUGCUCUCCAGCUGGUGCAGUGACAUCGUGAGCUCGGCCCAGAGCUUCAUCUCCUCCACCUGGACCUUCUACCUGCAAGCGGACGAUGGCAAAGUGCUCGUCUUCCAGAGCGAGCCGCAGAUGGAGUUCUCCUUCCCGGAGCUACAGACCCCCAGGGUGGACGUGGUGGACAAGGCGUGGUCGGUCGUCAGCUCCAGCACCCAGAGACCCCGCGGUGGUGCGAGGGAGAGGUCUGCUGCCCGGGGAGGCGCCAAGGGGAGGCGGGGGGCCAACCGAGCGGAGGCCCCACCUGCCGACCACGACUUCCUGGGCUGCAUGUCUCGGCGCUCCGGCCUCCCGCGCUGGAUCCUCGCCGGCUGCCUCUUCCUCUCUAUCGUGGUGAUGCUGUGGCUGAGCUGCGCCAGUCUGGUCACGGCGCCUGACCAGCGAGUCAGGACUCAGCUGAGCAUCAAUGGGGACAAAGAGUUCCAAGCGGGCCCCCCCAACCCCCUGGGCCCGGUCAUCGCCGUGGCCGUGAGCCAAUCUGAGCGAGGCAAGGAGGCGGGGCCUCUGCCCGUCAAAGUGGACCUGGACAAGACGGCCCUGUGAAAGGGCGCCGCGUUCAGCCCUCGACCUGGGAGUAUCGACCCCCCCCCCCCCCCCCGCACACACACUCCCCCGGUGCUUCAUCGCUCUGUUUCAUUGUGGAGACUCCGCAUCAGCACCAGUCAUUUGCUUCCGUCCGUCUGCGGAUCGCGUCCCACUGCUGCUGUUCACUUUUCUGCCAGUCAAAGUGUAGAUUAGGCCUGCAGAGGUAGGGAGUUGGGAGGGCUCGCCCUUCCUAACAGCAACAACACACACACACACACACACACACACACACAGAGCAAGUUUAGGGCUCAUACUCAUUCUGCAGCUUUUUCCUGGUCCCAUCACAGCCCUGGAUGCAGGUACCGAAGUGGCCUUUCACACGCUGGACAUAGGUUCCAAUCCCAGUUGGUGAAGGUACUUGUCCUAAAUUAAUGCAGUAAAAAUUACCCUGCAGUGUAAAUGAGUAAAUCAGUGUAAGAAUCUUAGAGCACAAGUUGUCUGAUGGAGUAAUAAAUAAUAAGCAAGAACAUUUUAAGUGCCACUGUGUGUAGAACGAGUGGGUGUGUGUGUGUGUGUGUGUGUGAGGCUUAGACACUUGCUGCACACCGCCCCGUGAACAGCUCUCGGUCCACAAAUGCACCGACUCAUUCGCUCAGAAUCGGCAGGAAACGGCCGCUUUGCACCCGAAGCUUUGAUUUGUGGCUAUCGAUGGGUUCGAAUCUGUGGCUCGAGAUCUCCACGGCGACGCUGAGUCGUCACUCGUCGUGGUCGGGCGGCAAGGAAGCCGACGGGACUACACACGUGCUGCCGAUGAGAGCCGUUCCCGCUUUCCGUGAGCAGCUCUGAGUUCUGUCCUCCUUCGAUCGGAGCUGCAGCCUCUCUUUCGGUUCCUCUCACCCUUUGCGUGUAGCAGCAGUGCAUGUGCGUUCGUCACGAGGCCCCUGUAGGCGUGCGCGCCACGUGCUCAGCCGUGCGGGACCCGGCCGCAGACGGACCCCGUAGUAACGCUUCAGUGCUGCGAGAAACCGCCGGAGAAGGUACCGGAGGCCAGGCAGUAUUUUUCAGAGCGCCAGCGUCAUUCGGGGCCCAGUGUCAUCAUGGUUGUUUUGGGAAACGUGAAACAAAAUAAAGUGUUUUCACAAAACA